AUGAACAGACACGAAUACCGACGAACUGCAUCGACUUCCCCAUGGAGUAAGAGCAUGAAAAUUUCACUUGGCUCAUCAUGGCGUUUCUCUUCCUCAAUUCUCAGACAUUGUGGUCCUAUGCAUCCCCACGAACAACUCAUCUUCCAAGAAGCCGGAAAUCCUCAGACCCAUAAACACCAUGAAUAA